AUGGGAUUGUUGGUAAUUGGAAUGUUCGCUUCUUCUACAACAACAUUAUUCACAAUACUAAUAUUGUGCCUGCUGCAGCUGCUAGCUCAACCAUGUUUUGCUUUCAUUGAGAUCCCCGGCGGCAUCUGUGGUUCCGAUUACCAAGACGGGAGUUAUGUUGGCUGCGACACGGGCCGCUGCUGCAGCGACACCGGCUACUGCGGUAACGACCGUUACCACUGUGUCACCAACUGUUGGAAGCAAUGUCAUGCCGUUGAUGGAGUGAGCAGCGGCGGGCAGCGGCUCUAUAACAUCAGUACCACGAUGAAUGUAGUGAAUGCAACGCACAAUCAAUACUACGAUCCGGCCGGAACGAAGAAGAAGCAGAAGACGAUCAUCAUCAGUGGCUGGGAUGAUGAUCAUCUCGUCGUCAACGCUUCAUCAUCAUCAUCAUUAUGUGCAACUUCACUGUCCAACAUACCGCCGGCGCAACGUAACAAGUAUGCUUUGGCUGCUUUCCGUCCACCUCGUAAUCGUACCGUUACUCCGGCAACUACUAUUAGCGGUACUUACUGUGGACAGUGCCUCAAGUUGACGAAUCUCGAGACUGGAGGUGAAGCGAAGGUGCGAGUUGUUCACGAACGUAAUGUCGAAGGACUUGAAUUGGAUCGCGACACUUUCAACAAGCUAAGGACUUACGACGACCAUGGAAAUAACGGUGAAGAUGGUGACUAUCAUGGUGAUUACCUUGUCUUGAAGUAUCAGUUCGAGAAUUGUGAAGAUUGA